AUGGCGUCAAAAGCAUUCGCAAACGGCCUCAAGGAGCUGAGGUUCCUGUUCUGCCAGACCAGCGAGCACAGCGCCGCGACAAGGAAUUUCCUCAUGCGAAGCUACCCCGCCAUGAAGAAGGCCAACCCAUCCAUCCCCAUUAUGAUCCGCGAAGCCAGCAACACCCAGCCCACCGUAUAUGCCCGAUUCGACUUCGGAAAGGAGCGGAAGCUGUCACUGAAGGGCCUGGACGACAAGGCCAUCGAACAACAAGUCACAGAGCUGACCAACCUCCCAGGUCACCAUGACGCCGACAUCGCCGCCGCCGAGGUGGAUAUCCUCGUCGUGAGCGACCACCCCGCCCUCGCGACCGGCCGCGCGGCCGAAGAACUCAAGCGCAUCGAAGCGCAGUAUCGGCACGUUGUCGAGCUGCUGGUUCAAGAAAAGUCGGCUGCGGCCGCCCGGAUCGAAGAUCUGGAGACCACCAACGCCGCCCUGCUGAAAAUCCUCGGCAAGAAAAUGGCGGAUGAGGUGAACGGCAUCUUUGUGCAGACGCACAUUGUGCCCGCCAAGAGGGUCGUGCUUCGGCCUGGAGAGGAACUCUGGUCUGGCAUCUUCAAAGAUGUUUGA